CAGGUGUCCACAUACUUUUGGUCAUAUGGUGCUGUGUCAUAUCACAUAGGCUGGAAGCCUAUAUAUUCUUCUAUGUGUGUUCUGCUGUAGUCUACAUUGAUUUAAUUUACUUGAAGUUAUUUUCCAAUAUUGUGAUAUUUGUUCUACUGCUACAUUGAAAAUUAUAUGAAAUUCGGGUCUUGUCAGCCCUACAGCUGAGUAUGUGUGCAUACGCUUAUGUCCGGUGUUCUGCAGUGACGUUUAAAAAUGUUGCUGUACAUUGAUGUCUAGAAAACUAGGCUACAUAAAACGUGGACUUGUGCAAGCCUCGCCGCUACACUCAAGUAUGUGGGUGGGUCUGCAGUGACGUGAAUUAAUCAGCACCUUGGAGAGUGCUGUCCAUUUCACCACCAUAGAUAGUAGGCUACUUGGCUGUUUACCCUGUCUGCUGUGCUGCUAUGUUGCGUUUGACACUUUUUCUCUCUCAAUGUGUUCCGGUAACUCAGAGCCCCCUGGAUAACACCCCCUCACGCUCACUAUGUGUUCCGGGACCUCCCGAUUUACAAAUUAAGCACUGCCCAACGCUCUAACCACUAGGCUACCUGCCGCCCUAUAGGGAAAGGGAAAGGGGAACAAGGUGCCUAUACCACCAAUGACCAAUAGCUAGGGGGAUAAAACAACAAACACACUGUUCUAGGUGUGUCAGUCUUCCCGGAGCGACACAUGUCAUAUUUAAUACAAUAGAGAGAAUGGUCAUUAGCCCUCAUUAGGACUGUUAGGUGACCCUCUAAUUACAGACCAUUCAGUCAGUCACCUUCUAAAGGUUAUCAGGGAUGGUUCUUUGUGUUCCCUCAUACCUUUGAUGAGACCAUGUCUAUUGCUGCAGCUAAUUAACCAUGUCUCCGUCACCACUAAUCACAGCGCUAUGUCCUAACGAAGCUUACCGCCGGCCUGACAUAAUAGCAUUCCACUACUUUAUUCAAAACCCGGGAAAUAUCCUAGAGAUGGUCUGUGGCAGGAUCAGAGUCAUUAAUAAGGACUUCUGAUAGACCAAUCAAAUGAGCAAACGAGUCAAACAGAAAAUGAGCACUGAUGGACAGUCUUUUUGUUGAUGUCCCCGUCGACUGGACUAAAGAUAUCUUAAUGACGUCCAUGGAGGGUGUAAAUGAGACGACAUAGGGCCUUAUAAAAGGAGACUGGCUUCAGAGAGAGGUGAGAGUAGAAGUGGACCCCACAGCCUUUGGCAGAACAUGGGUUUCAACACAAAGCAUCUUACUACAGCCCCAGGGAUGGACACAGCAUGCUCAACCACCAAGAAGCUCAAGGUUCUCAUCUUGUUGCUACUCGUCUCUCAUCUGGCCUGUGACGCUCAGGAGGUUGCCAACUGUUGCAGACAGAAAUCCCACUCCUGCCGUCUUUACGUCCUGCUCUGUCGCUCAGGUAAUGGGACGGGGACAAGGGGACCCCUCACUGAUGACGCAGCCGCUGGAAUCCUCACACUCGGUAAACGGAAAGAAACUGAUGAACGGCGCUUCCAGAGCCGGUUGAGUCAGCUACUCCAUGGGUCACGGAACCAAGCGGCGGGAAUCUUAACGAUGGGGAAGAGGACCGAAGACACAGCAGAACCGCUCAUGCGCUUGUUUCCCAUUUUAGAGACGGCCCCCACUACCACAGCCCAGUUGGUUUUACAACUACCGUUCAAGUGACUCAUCUGGAAAACAUCAAUGUUGAUGCAUCAUUUUUGAGGGACUGCGUCAAACAUGUAUAUAUGAAAACAUGGGUUUUGGGUAAAAUGUUCCUUUAAGAUUGAAUUUGUUUGUGGAGUAGGUGUUAGUAAUUUUGUUAGUAAUGUUGUAAAUAUUGUAUAUGAUCUCAUUGGUGUAAUAAAUGUGAUAACUUUCACGUAGCACAGUUGAACUUGCUUCCCUGGUGUCUCUGUAUUUUAAGUGAUGGGAAAGUAAAUAUGAAGAAAGUGACUGUCAUGAGGGUUGAGUCAUCUAGUUGUGUCUAUGUUAUGGCAUCACGUCACUGGCAUCACAGUCAGACAACUCCAAUAGCCCCAACCAGCCCAAAUCAUCAACCCCUCAAUCAGCCAUGAGCACAUGUCUGGAUGGGUAGGUGUGUUUGUUCGAGUGUAUGUUCCAGAAAUGAACUUUUCCCAGAAAUACCUAGGUCUGCUGUAUUUUCCAUCUCUCUUUCAUUCUAACCUGCCCUCCCUCUCCAAACUGACUCCAUGAUUCUUCCACUUUCACAGCUUUUCUCAUGGGGGCAGCAUGGAGCUGCUUCAAGGCUCAAGUCUGUGUGGAUCUCUGUGUUACUCAGAGGGCACAUAUUGUAGUCUGUUGUAUAGCCAAAGAUCGAGGUCAAGACCCACUGUAUUUCUCCAUCAUUGCAUUACAUUCUCUUGCCACAUUUUUUGUCCCUCUCUUCUCACCUUGUAGCUUCUUUCUAAAUGUUUGUACUCUAUAUAUCGUUAAUGACUGAAAAACAGCAUUGUAACCAUUGUAAUGGAAGUAAAGUCUCAGGCUAUU